AUGUGCGACGAUGAGAAGAGCGCGGAGCUCGUUGAUCUGUCAGGCGCAGUUCUUAGCGUGCGGAAGUGCAGCAAACGUGCCCGUCCAAGGGUGACACGCAAUGCACUGAAGCAGAAAUCGAAAAAGGCCGCCCUGAGGACCGCAGCUGUGAACAAGGCCAGCCUGAUGAGGCACGAUACUGGCGCCGCUGAAAUCAAUCCGAGGAGCGUCAAGACGGGUUUCCAUCAAGCAAAACUCUCAUAUGAGAAGCUGAAGUUUCUGGAACGAACGAAAGAAACAGCACGCGCCGAGUUACUGAAUUGCGAGGAGCAGGGCUUUCUUGCUGGCGAUGAAGGCGAAUUAACGUACACGAUCGAUCAAAACGAUAUUUGUGAUGCUGUGGACAUCGCGAGUGCUAGUAAACACUUCCAUCUACAUUUGGAGCGCUUUGGACCGUAUCGUGUUGAUUAUACGCCGAAUGGACGCUAUCUGUUGAUUGGUGGUAAACAGGGGCACGUUGCUGCCUUUGACUGGCUUACCAAAAAACUCAGCUGUGAAAUAAAUGUUAUGGAAGGUGUCCGAGAUGUUAGGUGGCUGCAUGUCGAAACGAUGUAUGCCGUUGCCCAGAAAAGAUGGACACAUAUUUAUGAUUGUGCCGGUGUGGAAUUACAUUGUUUGAAAAAUCUUCAUGAUAUUAAGCGUCUCGAAUUUCUGCCUAGACAUUUUCUGCUUGUUGCUGGGUCGAAAAAUUCAUUUCUUCAUUAUUUGGACGUUUCGAUGGGUAAGUUGGUGCAGUCGUUUCCGACAAGACAGGGCCCUCUUGAUGUGAUGACGCAGAAUCCAUCUAAUGCGAUCAUACACACGGGACAUGGCAAUGGAACUGUGCAGUUGUGGUCUCCAAAUGUUCGGGGACCUUUGGUGAAAAUGCUUGCUCACCCGUGUACAGUUAACGGCAUUGCGGUGGGAGGUGAUUACAUGGCGACUACAGGGCUUGAUCGAAAACUUAGGUAUCACUGA